AAUUGAAAAGAAUCGGAGGGAGUAUUUGUUUUCAAUUCUUGUGUUUCUCAAUUCCCCAGAACUAAAAUUAAACCCAACCCACCCCACCCACGACGGAGGACGCCGGUCACACCAACCCCCAACUGUUGCUGCCGCCUACCGACCAUUGAUGCUGGAAAGGUCAAAACUCAAAACCCUAAAAUCUGAAUCGCAACUCGCAAGGCAGGCCCAGGCCACCACUGUCCACUGCUGCUGCACCUGUCGGCUGCCACCUGCUGCCGUCCAUACCACCAAGACCACCACUGUCCACUCGCAACGCAGAAUUGGAACAUAAUCAGAACAUCAUGUAAACAGGAAGGAAAAAAAGGUGCAGGGGCUCUACUUGAAAGUUGAAUGCUCCGUCUCUCUGCCCCCUCUUUCUAAGUGAAGAAAGGCUGCAAAACCUGGAAAGAGAAUUCAUGAAUAUAAACAAGAAGGAAAAAGGGUGAUUUUGGGGCUCUAGUCUGAACCUAUGGAUUUCAUCUUUAUGCGUUUAUAACAUCUGAACUCCAUCCAUGAAUAAUUUUGUACUACUAACUACUCUGUUUUCAAUGGAAAACAUCUAUAGUUUUGGUCAAGCAUCUAAAGUAUUACAGAUAGCUGGUGCAAGGUAGGAAAAAAGUAAACAAUAUGCGUAGAUUAUGUCUUAGAUCAUUACAUUUCAGCAAAAACCCUUACAGUUUCCGGGUACCCAUAGAAUCUUAUGUUGGAACGACGCAUGAUACUAAUUUUUCAAACAUAUCUGCCCCUUAUAAUAAUAACCCAGUUCCUCAAAAUUCAUCAUCUCCUUGCAACCUUGAUCUUGUCUCCCAGAAAAAUGUGUUAGGAUUGGUUUAUGUAGACAGUGAGCCUCAAAUUGGCAAUCCUAGUUAUCAUAAAUUUGAUGAAUUUGAGGCCGAUGUUGAGAAAAUAUAUAGAAUUUUAAGGAAGUUCCAUUCUAGGGUUCCGAAAUUGGAGCUUGCUUUACAAGAAUCUGGUGUAGUUAUGCGACCUGGGUUAACAGAACGAGUAUUAAAGCGUUGUGGGGAUGCAGGGAAUCUGGGUUAUCAAUUCUUUGUGUGGGCUUCGAAGCAGCCUGGUUAUAGGCAUAGCUAUGAUGUGUAUAAGAUAAUGGUUAGGACUUUAGGUAAAAUGAGGAAAUUUGGAGCUGUUUGGGCAAUAAUAGAGGAAAUGAGGAGGGAGAGUCCACAUUUGGUUACCCCGGAUCUGUUUGUUGUAUUGAUGAGAAGGUUUGCUUCUGCAAAGAUGGUUCAGAAGGCGGUUGAAGUGUUAGAUGAAAUGCCUAAAUUUGGGUGUGAACCUGAUGAGUAUGUCUUUGGGUGUUUGUUGGAUGCUUUGUCUAAGAAUGGGAGUGUCAAGGAGGCAACGUCAUUGUUUGAGGAUAUGAGAAUGAGGUUUAUGCCCACCAUCAAGCAUUUUACGUCCUUGCUGUAUGGAUGGUGUAGAGAAGGGAAACUGUUGGAAGCGAAGCAUAUAUUGGUCCAAAUGAGAGAGUCAGGGUUUGAACCUGACAUAGUAGUCUAUAAUAAUUUGCUGAACGGGUAUGCAGUAGCAGGGAAGGUGGCUGAUGCGUACGAUCUUUUGAAAGAAAUGAGGAGGAAGGGUUGUGAGCCAAAUGCAGCAUCUUACACUGUCUUGAUCCAGGCACUUUGUACCAUGGAGAGAACUGAGGAAGCCAUGGGAGUCUUUUAUGACAUGGAGAAAAGUGGCUGCGAUGCUGAUAAUAUGACUUACAAUGCCCUAAUCAGUGGACUAUGCAAGUGUCGGAAGAUAGAUAAAGCCUAUGAGCUUCUAGAUACUAUGCUUCAGCAAGGCCACAUUCCUGAUCAAAUAACCUAUCUGCAUAUAGUUUUGGCUCAUGAGAAAGAUGAGCAACUUGAAGAAUGUAUGGAGCUUGUGGAUGAGAUGAAAAAAAUCGAUUGCUUUCCUGAUCUUAAAAUAUACAAUACUUUGAUCCGUUUGGCAUUCAAAUUGGGUGAGGUAAAAGAAGGUAUUGACCUUUGGAAUGAGAUGGAGGCAAGUAGGCUUAGUCCUGGGGUGGAUAGCUUCAUUAUACUGAUUCAUGGUCUUGUUGAGCAGGAUUGUCUGGUUGAAGCUUGUAACUAUUUCAAGGAAAUGAUAAUUAGAGGACUUGUAUCUGCUCCACAGUAUGGGACACUGAAAGACUUACUGAACUCCCUUUUACGAGCGGAAAAACUUGAAUUAGCUAAAGAUGUGUGGCAAUGUAUCGUUACACAAGGGUGUGAACUGAAUGUCAGUGCAUGGACAAUCUGGAUCCAUGCUCUUUUCUCAAAGGGGCAUGUGAAAGACGCUUGUUCCUAUUGCUUGGAAAUGAUGGACGCCAAUGUGAUGCCACAUCCGAGCACUUUUGCAAAGUUGAUGAAAGGUCUGAGGAAACUGUAUAAUAGACAAAUUGCUGCUGAGAUUACAGAAAAGGUGAGGAAGAUGGCAGCAGAUAGACAAAUUACUUUCAAAAUGUACAAAAGAAGGGGAGAAAGGGACUUGAAGGAGAAAGAAAAGGAGAAAACUGAUGGAAGAAAGAGGAGGGCUCGCCGACGACAGUGGGGACAAGGAUGUAGGAAAGCUGACACUGUCAUUUGAUGAAUGGUACUGUGCAUGUGAUGCUUGAGUAUUAGUAGCUUGUUUUCUCAGGUACAUGUUAUUGUCUUCCAUAUCUCAGAAAGUUCUAUCAUGUAUGAUUUAGCACAACUAAUCCAGUAAUUGAAAUCAUUUACCUAUGACCUAUUUGAAUAUUAAAUUCCUUGAUUAAGCUCAAAAUUCUAUCUUGCUGCUCAUUGUUUAGUAAUUGUUUAACGCUAAGAUAAUAGGAUAGUUAGUUGACUUUUAUUAAUUGAGCAUGCAUAUUCCCCACAUUUGUAAAUCAUCUUUUAGACAUGUGCCUAAAGCAUGUGUCUUUUGAGGGAAUGGGAUGGUUAGUUGACUUGUAAAUGGGCUGUCAAAGGAAUUUUAUACCUUAAGCAAUGAGUCUCAAAGAAGGAAGGGGUGAGAAAGACAUUUCUGUUUUGGGAAAAAGGAAGAAUUGAUGAACCUAUAUCUUGUGUCAAAUUUAUUUAGAAAAAAAGGGAUAAAACAUAUUCUAUCAAAAUACUUUUGGGCAUGCUAGGUACUUGUAUUUUUCAAAUCUGGAAAAUAUUGGACAUUUAACAAAGCUUGGCUUGAGCUAUUGAGAGGAACUUCUCAAAAUGCUUUGCCUGUUUUGAGGCCAUUCCUUAAUGCAGACUUGUUCAUGUUUUCGGUGAACUGGUGCAGGCAACGAGCAACUUUUCUUGCUACUUCUCAAAAAUCUCCUUAUCCAGAUCAUAGCUGUUUUUGAAUAUUGAGGUGACCUGUAUGAUAAAAAUAAUCGAAAACAUGAAAGUUGAACUAUAUUUCACUUUUGCUCUACCUUUAACGUUGCUAUGGAAUUUGAUGAAUCUAUAGUCCAUACAACUUAUAAUGUUUGCCUUGUUUCUUUUUUCCACAUUGAGUGUUAUGUGCUAACUGCUGUUGUGAACUCUGUGGGCUGCCCUUUUAAGGUCUCUUCCCACACAGAUUUUCAUUCUGACUAUUCAUCUACUAAAUGUUGUUUGUGUUAGGCGAACCCCAUACUGCUGCUCAUUUAGGUUUUGCUUUCAUGGACCGUUCGUGUAGAGCAUGACAUUUGCUUUAUGCUGAUAUGCUCAAAAAACACGUUUCAGUUGCGGUCAGUGCGGUUGGUUUUGCAAUAGUCUCAUCCUAUAUUUUGGCCGCGAUAAGUUCAUAAGUCAUAACCUUUAUAUAUAAUUGGGGGUAUUUUGUUCUGUUUUUUAGUGGUCCAACUUGUUACAGUUUAAAAUGACAAAUAAGGCUCCCUUCUUUUAACCCCAUAAAAAAACCUCAUAGUCCUUUACAAUACGGUUAUACAAGCGAUAUUUUGCGCCAUGUUUACUGGUGCAAAUUAUUACACUAGAAAAUGAUCAAAUAAGGCUUUGUUCUUUUGACCAUAUAAAAAAUUUCAAAGAAAAUUUAGAUCAAGAGUCAAUAACUCCAGUAAGAACUGCAAAAGAUAUUUCACGAACACAUUAAGUUUCUUUGAUCACAAACUCAUGUAACUUCAUACUGAAAUGUGGCAUCUAAUUGUUUCCGACUUUCAAAUUUGAAUAUUAAACUGAAAUGGUGAAGCCAUUCCCUCCUGAAGAAAAAAUAUUGCAUAAGAAUAUUGCGUUUUUUUCUUGUCAAAAAGGAAAAAGAUAUCAACUGUUUUAAUGAAUUUUUUUUUUGUCAAGAAUGUAGAUUGAUGAUAUAUUGCCUCGUUUGCUAACAUAUGGGAUGAGCGUGGGGUUUCAAUAAUGUGUAAUGUUUGGAUUGAUCCAAUUAAACUGCACAUAGUCAACUUUCUUAUUUAUUCAAAUCAUGACAUUGUAUUUCAUAAGUUCGUUGAUGUAACUAAUGUGAGACCAAGGAUUGAAGACUACUACUUCUCAUUGAUCAAGAAUGUUAUACAAGAAGUUGGACCAAGUAGAGUGGUGGGAUUAUCACUAUAAUGAGAUUGCAAUGAAGUUUGGUGGAAAAAGACAAGUAUCAAGGAGGUUUUAAUUCAAGCAAUGAUGCUAUCAUCUUGGAUAGUGAUUUUAAACUUUGUCGGUUCAUGUAAUUUAAAAUUUGGUCAUUAUAUCUAUACUUUUGCAAUUAAAAGACUUGAUAAAUAUUUUGUUAUAAAAACAUGUAUGUUGAAAAGCGUCAUAUAUUCAUUGGCACAAUUAGUAUAAAGAAUUACAAGAUUUUUGUUUGUUGAAAAUGAUUAAAUAUUUUAUAUAAAUGGUCAAAAAUUGUAAAAUAUAUAUUUUUAAAAAUUUUUAGGAAAAAAAAUAUUAUGGCCCUAGAUCCAAACUUUAGAGCUGCUAGACCCUAAGGGUUUGGGUUUAAAAUUUUAAGACUUUGAAUAUUGGUCCGAAUGUGGGUCCAAAAAAAAAAUUUUAGGGUCUAAAUUUGGAUCUAGCUGAAUUCGACUCAGAUUCGGUCUAUGCCCAUCUCUACUGGUGUCAAACAAAUCAUUUUCGAGU